AUGAAGGUAAUCAGCCUCCUUUCGCUCUUUAGCGCUGCUACGCUCGCUCAUCCAUCUGGUCUUUGGUGGGGCACUGAUCAGUGCUAUUCCGUUCCUGAAAACACCGACAACUACUGCUUGGAGGACCAGAAAGCUGGCUUUGACUGGUCUGACCUCGCUAACGGCGAUAACUGGAGCCCUGAGGGCUUCAACUUUGUUGGCUUCUCGCCUAAGAGCCACUGCCAGGCUGCUGGAAAUGGCAAUUGUAUUGGGGGAAAGCUAUCCCGAGAGGAUAACUGGACAUUGAGGGUGGACUCCGACAUCGCGCCAUUCUCCGUCAGCGAUUUCCACCUCGCAACUUCCCGAGCUACCGAUGUCCUCAUUACAUACACCCUGGCUGAUGGCUCAGCCUGUCAUCAGGUUGCUACUAGUACUCCCGAGGGCCUCGAUAUUCACAACGAUCAGUGUGGUGGCGCGACAUCGGUUGAAUUCAGACUCCCCGAAGAGAGCAAAUUUGGCGAAUGUGAUAUGGACAUUCAUCGCAUCCACUUCGACUGCUCCACUGGACCGAAGCCGCCCCCGACUCCUCCAACUUCUACUCCAGGCCACACCAAGACUUGUACGACCACUGAAGUGGACGUCCAGACGUCUACUUCCACUGAGACCCUAGUCCUAGUCCCGACCACUUCCACAGCGUGGACCACUGUAGUGGAGGUCCACACGUUUACUUCAAUUGAGACCCCAGUCCUGACUACUUCCACAGUGUGGACCACUGAGGAGGUCACUGUCACAAAAUGUCCGCCUGCUGUUACCGAAUGUCCUCCUCACUCUACGGUCACACUCACCUCGACGUAUAGUUUGUCAACCACCGUGUGCCCUGUUACUCUCACAACGCCUGGGCCCCAGACAACCACAAUAACACGCACUAUCCCCGUGACGCUUAUUCCCGUGGCAACACCAUCGGCAACACCAUCUUCCUGCCCUGAUGUGGUUCCAAAGUGCAUAAACACGUGGCUCACCGUGCCCAAGUGUGACUCGAACAGCGAUUCUGGAUGCUUUUGCCCGUCUUCCGCGUUCACGGAGAAGGUCAAGUCCUGCAUCACGGCCUGGGGCAGCUCUCAGGAGGAGAUCCAGUCUGGACUGUCGUAUUUUGCCGGCAUCUGUGCCCCCUACGUCCCGAGCAAUCCAGCCAUCAUCGACAUUGUCCCGACCAGCACAUGCUCGAGCCAAACUAAUGAGUCCACGGGCCCUCCCACUGCCACGAUUACUGCCCCUCCUCCGCCACCCACUGACAUUCCCUGCACUACCAUCACCUGGUCUUCCAAGACAGUCACUGUACCUGUGGUAUCUUUCUCUACAAUCACUUUGCUCUCUACGACGACAGUGAGCUUGCUCCCUGUCACGACUACGGUCACUUCCUGCACUACCACCCCCUGGGCUUCGGAGACAGUGACUGUACCUGAGACAUCACCCUCUUCGACCAGCCCUUGCACAACAUCCACGACACUCAGAAUGACCACCAGGACUCCCUCGUUGACCACCGCAACGACUUGUACAGGUACACCUACUGAGGCCGUGGUCACUGGGACUGGACCUGUCGUUAUCACUUCCAAUGAUGGGUCGAGAUCCGUCUCGCCCAGCAUCUGGGUCUUGAGUGUUACUUUCUUGCUUCUCUUCCUCCACUAA